GAUUAAGUGGCGCAACGCAAGAGACCCCACACGAUGAAGGAGUACUAAAACCCGUCUCCUUCUUCAGGACAACAAAAACCCUGUCAAAACUGCACAAACAAACACUAUUUUUGCUGUUGCAUUCCGUCACAGGAUCACUAGUUAUGGAUUCUCUCUGCGAAUUCACACUUGCAGAGAUGGUGGAAAUGGAAAAUAUAUACAAGGAGAUAGGAGAAGAAGCAUUGAGUCCAGAGUUUUGCCAAAGGCUUGCAACAAGCUUUAGUUUUGCACCAAAUCGUGCUGGAAAGCCAGCAAUAACAUGGAACCAGGUGCAAAGUUGGUUUGAGGAUAGACAAAAGGAAUCACAGCCUAAAGUUGCUCCAUUGCCUGUGGCUUUGAAAUUAUUUGUUGAUCUUUCUCCUACAAAUAUCUCAAGUGAUGCACCUGAAAGUUCUCAAAAGUCUAAAGGUGGGAAGGUUACUGAUCUUUCAGAGUUGUCCUUUGAAGCUAGAUCUGCAAAAGAUUACGCUUGGUAUGAUGUUGCUGCUUUCCUCACCUACAGAAUUCUUUGUUCUGGUGAACUUGAAGUACGUGUACGAUUUGCUGGAUUCCGUAAUACAGAUGAUGAGUGGGUGAAUGUGAAAAGGGCAGUGCGAGAACGAUCCAUUCCUUUGGAACCUUCAGAAUGUCACAGGGUGAAAGUUGGAGAUCUUGUACUGUGCUUCAGGGAACGGCUAGAACAAGCAAUCUACUGUGAUGCCCAUGUAGUAGGGGUGCAAAGGCGAUUGCAUGAUGCAAGAGGAGGCUGCAAGUGUAUCUUCGUGGUUCGCUACGAUUAUGACAGUUUCGAGGAAGCUGUUCAGCUGGAGAGGUUGUGUUGCAGACCAACCGAGGAGAACCGCUAGUGAAAACUCAUUAAGAUGCAAAAGGAGGCUUGGAACUUCCAUUAUAGUCUUCAAUUUGAAAUUUUCAUAAGCUGGGAAAGCUUGGAAUCCCACCCCACCCCACCCCCACCCCCCGCGCGGAUUGAUCCAAAUUACAAGUCACUAAUCAAUUUUUCAAUAGUAUAUCCUAUCUGAUAGUCCCUUUUUUCACCAAUUAUCUUUUUCUUUUUUUUCUUCCUUUGCCAUCCUGUAACAACUAAGGCAUUUGAUCGUACUUCUGCUCAAGUUGGCAUAUGCUUGCUCUUUAGUUAGUUUGAUGAAUGUAAACCCAAAAUGAUAGUGGUUGUCA